CAGGGAGGAAAGGUAGGAAAAGGGGAAAAAAAACUGUGAGCGGUUUCUGAGUUUCUCCCAAAACCAGAGCGAGGGCGAGCCACUUCCACCUCUGGCCUCUGUCUCACUCGCACACCAAACGGAAACGCCUCGCAAGCUCGGUCCGCGACUGUACAUGUGACUCCGCGACGGUGGUUUCUGCGUUUUUUUGUAGAUGGUAGUCCAUAUGUACGUGCCAAAUGAACCAUACCUUCUGUGUUUGCCGGAUAAGAUUGAGAUUGAGAACGCCAAUUCGGACUCUCUAUAAGGACUCUCAUCUUCCCAUAACCUGCAUUGUCAUUCACAAUCACAUAGCCCUACAGAGACCGCGUUGCCGUUCUCUCUCUCCCUUCCUCCCAAGCAUUCUCUCGCCAAGUAGGAUCAGCUAUACAGUAUAAUGACAGGCACGAAAGACAGCGUUGAUGCUGCGCCAGUUGAUGCAAAUAUAGAACUGCAAGGAUCUGUGCCGGUCCCUGAAGAAGAAAAACCCAAUGGUACUAUGCAGGCUAAUUUUCUGGCGACCGCUGAAGCUAAGGUGCUUACAUCACCUAAUGAUGCUGACGCAGACAUUAAGAAAGUCCUGCCUGAUGAUAAAGUUUCUGCUGGACUAAGUGCUGGAGGUGUUACUGAUGGUGAAGAACGGGGAAAGAAAAGAAAAUUUGAUGAUACCCACGCUGAGAAUCAGACUGAAGAUGCCACACCACUUCAAAUAGUUUUGGCAGGAGAAUCUGCGGCUUCUAAAGCUGAGGAUGAAAAUAUUGGAAAGUUAAAGAAUAAGUGGACUGAUAUCGAGGUAAUGGGAGAGAUCAAUGAAACGGACACACCUGAAGAGCAGGCAGAGUUCAUGAAGGAGCUUGCAACCUUCUACAGAGAGAAUGCCUUGGAUUUCAAACCCCCAAAGUUCUAUGGGGAGUACUUAAAUUGCCUCAAGUUAUGGAGAGCUGUUAUAAGAUUGGGUGGCUAUGACUUGGUGACUGCUAAUAAGUUGUGGCGGCAAGUUGGAGAGUCUUUCCACCCCCCCAAGACUUGCACAACAGUCUCUUGGACAUUUCGCAACUUCUAUGAGAAGGCACUCUUGGAGUAUGAAAGACGCAAGAGGCAAAGUGGUGAGCUUCAACUCCCCAUUUCAUCACCUUUAGCACAUCCUACAAGUGUUGAAAAUGAGGGAAGUGGCAGCCAUGGACAAGGGUCAGGUAGAGCUAGACGAAAUGCAGCAACUCGUGCGAUGGAGGGUUGGCAUACUCAUCGUCUUCUUGGGCAUGGUGAGGUCAGUGAGCCUAUUAUUAAGGAAAAAAGUUCAGCACCACGGCGAGAGAAGCAACUGAAAAAUAUUGGUUCAAGUAAGCAAACUCACGUGGAGCAUGCUGUGAUAGUAGCUCAAGAUAAACAGCUGGUAACUGAAGUCACUGAUGUUGGACCCGCUGCAGAUUGGGUGAAGAUUAACGUACGAGAGACCAAUGACAGUUUUGAGAUUUAUGCUCUUGUUCCUGGACUUCUUCGUGAAGAGGUCCAAGUUCAAUCAGAUCCUGCUGGACGUCUGGUUAUAAGUGGUCGACCAGAGCAACUUGACAAUCCUUGGGGCAUCACUCCCUUCAAAAAGAUUGUCAACCUACCUUCCAGAAUCAAUCCACAUUACACUUCUGCUGUUGUUAGUCUGCAUGGCCGACUCUACAUACGUGUACCGUUUGAACGUGGAUCAGUUUGAGGGUUUUCUAGUGGGCAGGUUAGAAUUUAAAACCGGAAAUUGGGCCUCAUUGAAUCAGAAUUAAACUAUGCACUAUGUUAAUGGAUGUUAUUUUUAUAAGUGCAGUUUCAGGGAUAAAUUGAUGAGUGUUUUUGUUUCCCCUUUUGUUUAAUUGGUUAUAAGUUUGUUGUAAGUUGGAAGUAUGUGAAACUGGUGUAUGGGGAAUUGCUCCCUGUAAAGGCAAACUGGGGUCCGAGCAUCCAUGAGAAGCAAAGUGAUUCCCUGGUUUAAGCUUAGAAAGGAUUAGGAAACGUGGAUCUUGUAUUGUAUGUCAGUCAGUCACUCCUUGUUUGGGCUUAUGAUGCUGCCUGCUAAAUGUUAAUGGGCUGUCAUUUCCAAUUGAA